AUGGCGAGAGGCAUUCGCAAGGCGGCCUUUCUGCCGUUUUGUUUUCUUUCUAUUUCUUUCUUCUCUUGUAUAUCAAAUGUCUUUUCUUCAGAAGAUGCUGAAGGAGAUGGAAAAGUUAAGGACGUAGUGAUCGGUAUUGACCUGGGAACGACAUACUCCUGCGUUGGGGUGUAUAGACAGGGCCGCGUCGACAUCAUUCCGAAUGACCAGGGAAACCGUAUUACCCCCAGUUAUGUUUCUUUUGCUGAUGAUGAGCGCCGCAUCGGUGAAGCUGCAAAGAAUGAGGCAGCUAACAACCCUACCAACACGAUCUUUGAUGUUAAGAGGUUGAUCGGUCGCCGCUAUAACGAGAAAGAAGUACAGAGAGAUAAGGAGUUGCUUCCCUAUUCAAUUAUUAAUAAGGAUGGGAAGCCUUAUAUUCGUGUUAUGGUUAAGGGACAGCCGAAGGAGCUGGCGCCUGAGGAAGUUUCUGCAAUGGUGUUGGGUAAAAUGAAAGAAGUUGCAGAGAACUACCUCGGUAAAGAAGUCAAGAAUGCAGUCGUUACCGUGCCCGCAUACUUCAACGAUGCACAGCGCCAAGCUACAAAGGAUGCAGGAGCAAUUGCAGGUUUGAAUGUCAUUCGUAUCAUCAACGAACCCACUGCCGCAGCUAUUGCAUAUGGGCUCGACAAGAAAGACGAAAAGACUAUUCUUGUCUACGAUCUUGGUGGAGGUACCUUUGACGUUUCAGUGCUUGUUAUCGACAACGGCGUCUUCGAAGUGCACGCGACUUCAGGUGAUACGCACCUUGGAGGAGAAGAUUUCGAUCAGCGUGUGAUGGACCACUUCUUGAAGAUCAUUCAGAAGAAAUUCGGCAAAGAUUUGCGAAAAGACAAGAGCGGCUUGCAGCGCCUCCGUCGUGAAGUUGAACGCGCGAAGAGAGCGCUUUCCUCUUCUCACCAGGUGACGGUGGAAGUUGAGGGUUUGGUUGAUGGCGAGGACUUCUCAGAAACUCUGACUCGCGCUAAGUUUGAAGAAUUGAAUGCAGAUUUGUUCCAGAAGACUUUGAAACCAGUCAAGCAAGUGUUGGAAGAUGCUGAUCUGAAGAAGUCUCAGAUUGACGAAAUUGUGUUGGUGGGUGGCUCUACUCGUAUUCCUAAGAUUCAGCAGCUUAUCAAGGAGUUCUUCAACGGAAAGGAACCCAACAGAGGCAUCAACCCCGACGAAGCCGUCGCUUAUGGUGCAGCAGUUCAGGCGGGUAUUCUUUCUGGAGAAGGAACCCAAGACAUGGUUUUGCUCGACGUUACUCCCCUCACUCUCGGUAUUGAGACUGCAGGUGGUGUGAUGGCUAAAGUUAUCAACAAGAACACCGUCAUUCCCACCAAGAAGACACAAACCUUCUCUACAUACUCUGACAACCAAUCGGCUGUCCUUAUUCAGGUGUACGAAGGUGAACGCCCAAUGACGAAGAACAAUCAUUUGUUAGGAAAGUUUGAGUUGACGGGUAUUCCACCUGCACCUCGUGGAGUUCCUCAGAUAGAUGUUACGUUUGAUGUUGAUAGAAACGGUAUUUUGAAUGUUAGUGCAGUUGAUAAGGGGACAGGAAAGAGUGAGAAGAUUACUAUCACCAAUGAUAAGGGUCGUCUUACCCCUGAUGAGAUUGAGAGGAUGAUUCAGGAGGCAGAGAAGUUUGCUGAUGAAGACAGAAAAACUAAAGAAAGAGUGGAUGCAAGAAAUGCUCUUGAAGGAUAUAUACACUCCAUGAGAUCUACUGUUGAAGAUAAAGAUAAACUCGCAGAUAAGAUUGAAGAUGAUGAUAAGAAAACAAUCACAGACAAGAUUACAGAAGCAAAUGAAUGGCUUGUUGCAAACCCUGAAGCAGACGGAGAAGAGCUUCGAGACAAACUUAAAGAGCUAGAGAGUGUAUGCAACCCUAUCAUAUCCAAGGUGUAUGGGCAGACAGGAGGGGCUUCAGAUUCAGGAGCAACAUCAGCAUCAGACGACGACUACAGCAGCCAUGAUGAGUUGUAA